GUGUUUGAUGUUAUACUCAAGGUCGAUACAAGAAAACUCCCAAAGUUUUUCAAGAUCUGAAAAAUGGCAACUUACAAAAUUGUCAUGGUUCGUCACGGAGAGAGUGAGUGGAACCAAAGGAAUUUAUUUUGUGGGUGGUACGAUGCUAAGCUUUCAGUAAAAGGGAUUGAAGAGGCCAAAGCUGCCGGUCACGCCCUCAAAGAUGCCGGCUAUACAUUUGAUGUAGCUCACACUUCGCAGCUUACCCGUGCCCACAUCACCCUGGCUUCCAUCCUGGCCGAAAUUGGACAGGCGGAUCUGCCCACGCAUAAAACCUGGCGCCUCAACGAGCGACAUUACGGAGGAUUGACUGGACUCAAUAAGGCCGAAACUGUUAAGAAAUAUGGAGAAGAGCAGGUUCAAAUUUGGCGUCGCUCUUUCAACGUGCCCCCGCCCCCUAUUACGGAGGAGAAUAAAUACUAUAGGGGCAUCGUGGACGACGACCGUUAUUCGAAAGGCCCCAAGGGGGACGAAUUUCCAACUUUUGAGACGCUUAAGUUAACCAUCGAUCGAACACUACCAUAUUGGAAUGAUGUCAUUUUGCCCCAAAUUAAGGAGAGCAAGCAAAUCUUAAUUGUCGCUCAUGGGACGUCGCUGCGAGGUUUAGUUAAGCACCUGAAUGGGAUGAGUGACCAAGCCAUCAUGGGAAUCAACCUCCCUACAGGAGUCCCCUUCGUGUACGAGCUGGACGAAUACUUGAAGCCCGUCGUGUCCAUGAGGUUCUUGGGGGAUGAGGAAACCGUUGAGAAAGCUAUGGCCAUUGUGACUGGCCAGUUGAAGACAAAAUAAAUUCAGACUAUAUUGAUAAAAUUACUCAGUCAAUUCCAGUUUACUUAUUUAAUUAUAUUUUCGGUCAGAUAAAUUGAGUGAGUAUUGAGUCGGUCGCCAUGUGUGAAGUCUAUUAUUAUUUUUUGAUAGAAAUAUUAAUAAAUAGUUCCGUGUUUUUGCCAAAAUCAAGCUAUUUCUCAGCUUAGUAUCACAACGGCUAGUGAGACUUUGUUUUAAAAGCUGUCUUACUUCUUUGCCGAUCCCAGUGCAAAUCUGUGAUCGCUAGUUAUGUCGUGAUUUCAACCGAAAUCUUGAGCAGAUCCUCUAGUGGGAAACCGAACUACCAUAAAUAUUACUCAUCAACUAGUAAACCUUUCAAAAACAAAUUUUUUUCAUCAAAUAAAUUUUACUAGACCGGUCUUAACUGAUUAGUGUUAUUUGCACAAUGAAUCAUGAAUAUAAUAUCAGUCAACCGUAUUUUCUGUGGUAUCUUGGAUGCACAGACAGAAGUAUUACACAAGGCUUGACACCGGCGAAAAAAACUCUAUACAAAUUUUUACCUUCCAAAAUUAACGCGAAGCAGGACGCAUAAAAGGGAUUUUAUUGUCACUCUAAUAUUUAUCUGGGAAUUCUUGUUUGUAAUAUUAAAAUAAGAGCAAUAUGUACUAUGGUAUAUGCAUUGAAUAAAACAAAAAUUGUCUA